ACUUUGUUGAGUUCCAUUCACUUUCGACUCGACGUCGGGUUAGCGCAGUUCAGUGACGCCGCUGGUCGACUUUUACCUUCGGUUCUGCUGGCAGCAACCCAUCAAAAGAGCCGUAUGGGAGGAUUGCCGGAGGAAAUUUGGUGCGGUGACUCAGAUUGGGAAUAACUCGUUUGGCUUGUCUGAUCGACCAACUGGUCUUCUGGCAGUGGAAAUUCGCGUUUGUCGAGCACCCCAAUGCCUACAAGUGACUCAAACAUGUUGUAAUUGUGGAAAAACGCGGGCAACGUUCGGAAAAUCGAUAGCCAAGUGGCAUUAAACACGGUUACAAAAUGUCCGGAGCCGUCUACCGACCCACAACUGUCCAAUAUGAGUCCAACAGUCCCCCAGAACGCAGGCAGCACAGACCGAUCUCCUAUCUGGCCUCUAUUUCCCAUAGAGCCACUCCAUGUGUUACGAACCUGACGUGGAGAAAAUCGCUCAAUCUUGCUCUGAUAUGCAGUUGCUGGACGCUUUUUGCUAUUGGAAUUUUCAUGGUAAUGAAAGGCAGCAUUGGAUACAGCGAAUCAUCAGACGAAGUUCGAGAUACGUACUUUGUAGUCACCUUGACUGGGGCCGCUCUCAUUGGCCUAGCCUUCUUAAUUUUUCUAAUCUACUUGAGAAUCAAGGGACAGUUUAAGCGCGAGCCUAAAGACCAUAUGGGUUCCUCAAGUGGCCAGAACCUGACGGUAAAUCCUUCGACAGACUUGUUGGUAACUGCACAGUAUGCACCUGUUUCGGAAGUGGUGUAUGAACGAACGAAAUGCGACGAUCCUGAGCAGAGCAAGCUGAUGCCGCAAGGAAACAAGGAAAUUAGUAACGAAGACGCCGACCGAAUGGUGGAAAACGACCCACGAAUCGUCUUGCGGCCUCUCAACGCUGCAAUGAACGAGGAAGUUUAAGCUGAAUGGUUCAAAGUUCAAAAAGUCCCUCUUUGGAACCUUUAUAUAGACCCAAAGCGCACCAGCAUGGUAAAUAUUUGCCCACCUAAGAAACUACUCCUGUCCUACUUCGUGCCGAGCAGGUAAACAGAUUGAGGAAUUCUUACUGUUGAUUGCAGAUAUUUGCGAUUUCGCGCUGUCCUUUCACUAAAAUUGUUUAAACAAGCUCUAAACCUCAUUGCAUACGCAAGUAGCAUCUGCUGAACUUAAUCACUUAGUGACUCUAUACUUUUGAAGCUUUCAGCUUGCGAAAGUUUUCAAACCACCCAAUUGUAGUCAAUUGUAAAAGUUCCUUUAUAGGACUUUUAUCGCACUGCGCUCCUGGAACAAUAUCUUUAAAAUCUCUAAAUGAGUGGAACAAGGGUAAGCAGUAAAUAGCUGCAUAGUGGUUCUUGUUCAACUCAUUGCAAAGGUUCCCGAAUUGUAUCGCUGCGCCCAAUUUAAUGGGAUAUAUCUAUACUACUCUAAGUACCCUUAAUAAUAAAAUAAGAAGUUAUUUAUUUAACGUUAUAGUAAUAUGCAUUAGCGACUACUUUGGUCUACGAGUGAUUCGGCAAGCUUGUUUUCGAUGGCAACAAACGCUGAUCAGAUUGGUUUUUUUAUGUCUUAUUAAAAACUUAAGUUACUUUAUGCAGCAUUUUACAAUAUUGGUAAUCAGUUGUUGUUUUAGCACUUAGAAGAUGCGUUGAGAUUGUUUUUUUUAACUUUAUAUACUGUAAUUUAUUGUCAAGGUUUAAUUGAUAAAGUACGUAUUUUUUUAUCACGCA